AUGGCAAGUAAUUUGCUUAUUAGUAACAACAAAAAUAGAGGACUUAAUAACAUAAAAUACUCUCAUUUCAAUCCUUUGCCUAAUGAUACAAAACACCAAGCCUAGAACCAGUCGAGAACAUAUGAGAUUUAAUGCAAUACUGACUCGUUAGAGAAGUGCAAGAAGGUGCAAAGAAUCUAUUAAGACAUCAAACGGCUCAGUUCAAUUAUGUCAUAAGAUAAAAAUGGCAUUCAUUUAAAUCCUUUAUAAAAUCUGAAUUUGAAUGAGAACCUUUUCUAUAGUAAUACUAAUUAAGUUAGAGACAAUUCUGAAUAGCAGGCAAGACGAGAGGAGUGUAUAGCAAAUAUUGAUGGCUACAAGAAUCUCAACCUCAGGUUAAGUAGAAGAAAUGCAGUAUAAUAGCCUAAUGAGCGAUAGUAAAGGAACAUGAAAUUUCUUAAUCAAAACUAUAACUCAAAUAACUACGAUUAUCAAGAUAAAAAAAGUGUUGUAGGUUAGGCUAAAUAAUCUUAAUAGAAGCAGAAUCCUCCUGGGAUAAAUCAGCGUCUAUAGUAAUCUUUUUCACACGAGGAAUCUUAAAAACGAAGAAAACUCUCAUAGUAUUUGACAUAAAAUAAGCAUCUGUGGAAAGAAAGGUAAAAUGAUAAUAAAUCAAAGUCUAAUCAGUAUUAAAACCAAUAUUCUGAUUCGGAAUCAAUCAAGAACUCUAGAUGUUCAUCUGUAGUGUCAAUCUAGAGGCCAAAUAGUGGGCUUAAAGUUAAGACUUUGCCUGCUUCAAUCAGUAAUUAACAAAAAACCAAAUUCAUGACACAAUAAAAAUAAAAACACCAACCUAAAAUAUUUAAGAGCUCUUAAAAGAAUAGCAGAAAUAACAGCUCAAUUAGUAUAAGACAUCUUAAGCACUUGUCUUUGAGCAAAAUAUGCUAAGACAUUACCUAUCUUAGCUCAAAUAGCAAUGAAAAGAACAGACGAAUGACAAGUGUUAGUAUACCCAGAUAGAGUAAAUCUAAACCCCAAAUUAUGUAACUUAACUUUAAACAAGAUCAUUCUUCUACAUUAUACUAGCAAUAAACAUAACCAACUGCUGCUGAUACUUAAUGCACCUUACUGUCUUAGGAUAGAAAAUUCACUAAUUAACUCACAAACGAUUAGUAAUAAACUUUACCUCAUAGUAGUACAUUUCAAACCUUUUCAAUGAAGUAGAUGCAUUAAUAGAACAGAGGAACUAAGAAAGUAAUUGAUAAGCAUUUAAAUGAGUGUAAAAAAUCUAGAAACACUCAAAUUUCAUCUGAAAGCACAUUGAUUUCUCCACUUUAAGUGAACCCAGAAAAGAGACUAUCAUAAGGCAAAUCUAGUCAAUUAUCAAUGAGUGGAAAAUAAAAGCUUAAUGAAAAGGAAAAUGUGAGUGAGACUAAUAGGGAUAAUAAUAGGUUGCUAAAAUCGUUUCUAGCAUUUUAAGAAGCUUAAUUCAAAGCAUUUCAGAGUUUGAAUCUAUUUUCGCCUACAUUAGAAGUAUAAUAGAAUUUGGAAUUUAAAAAUCAGCCUCCCUUAAAAAAGCAUAGUAAAAAAGAAAAGAACAAACAGACUUAAUCUCAAUCAUAAAAACAGCUAAGUUUCGUACCAUCCAGUCAGAACUUAGUUAAUUCAAAAAGCUUUAAUAGAUAUGAACUUCCUUAAUAGACAACCAUGUCAAAUAGUGAAUAUUCAGGAAGAUGCAGUAAUAAAUCCAGUAAAAUAGUUGACAUUAAAAUUCUGAGUUCAAAAGAUUAACAUAGAAAUCAUUAAAUUAUUGCUGAGAGUAUUAACGAUUUGGACUUUGAGGUAAAUCUAGGGAAUGGAUUGAAGCAUAAAAAAUAAUCAAAAGAUAAUCAUAGGAAUAGAGAUUACCUUAAUAUAAAUACUGCCACUACUCCUCACAAUUAUUAAUCGAUCAAUCCUGAGAUACACAAUUUCAAAUUGAUAAGCAAACCCAGUCUGAGUGGAGGGAUUGAUGAUGAGGUGAUGCAUAUUGGAUUGAUAAGACUUAGUGACAACUCGGGUAAUGCCCAUUAAUUAGCAUAAAACUAAUAUGAAAGCAACUAAAUUCUUGACUAUCAACCAUUGAGUUAUUAGUAUCUAUUCGACAGAGAGGGCUAAAGCUAAGAUAGCAGUAAGAUCACUAUGGGUUGUGAAACACCUCAAUCUGAUUGUGUCAUGAAGUAAGACUAUCUUAAUACUGAGAUAAGCCUAGAGAAAGCCAAGAGUUUUAUCUUUAAUAAGAAACAGCAGUUUUUAAAUAAUUACUUGUGA